CCCGAACACGACGACGCGAAGCGCGCAUAUACGAUCGAGGCGUCAGCACUCAGGGGGAAGUCGGAUAAUAGAAAACAACACUGUCGAGAGAAGGAGGCUAGGACGUCGUGGUUGUGGGCAAGCCUUUGUAUCGAAGCGAAGGUUCACACAACCGACUCUCCGUUCCAGGUGCCGGCAGCCAUGAAGAGGGGUAGGGCCGGGAAGACCGGAGUACGUACGGGAGCUACGCCUGACGAAGCAGAGUCGGGACGAUCAGGCCGGGCGAGGGUUUCUACCCCGUCGGCGACUGUCUCUGAGUCUGUCCCAGCAGCAUCGUCGGCUUCUACCCCGGGCCCCGCUGCUCCGGGGCCGAGCAGCACCGCCGCGCCGUCUUUCCUGUGUCUGGACAACGAGGGCGCCAGGCAGACAAUGGGCCAGAUGUGUCAGCAAGUCUCGAAGAUCCUGCGAAGGCAGUUCCUGUCCUGCCUGUUCACGGUAUUUACCUGUCGUGACUAUGCGUGGCUACUCUACUGGGAUCGCGCGGGGCUGGUUGUUUCGAAGCCGUUCAACUUCGUGCAGCAACCACGCCUCUUCCACAACUUCUUCUAUCGGUUCGCCUGUAUGACCGACAUGCAGAGAGGCUUCGACCCGACGGUGACGCGGGCGACCGAGAAGGACGUUGAGCUAAUGCGCAGCCACAACAAGUUCGACUCUGACUGGCAUGAGGCCCAGUUUAAGGCCUCGUUGGCACCGGGCUGGCCGAUCUACGAGGUCUCCGUUCCUGAAGAACACAUGAUCUCGGCAGAUGAGCUCAAGACGGGCGUAAAAGCGCAGCGGGGCGUUUCUCAGUCGGACAACGGCCCCAAGCCUGAGCGAAAGUUCCUCGUCGGGAAGCCGUACUUCAUGAGUAGCUCGCCCACCGGAGGAGGAACAAGGGGAUACAUCGCGUAUGACGUCGCCGAACAUCGACUGGUGUUCUUCAAGGAGUAUUGGCGCGUGGAUGCGCCGACCUAUCAUCCGGAAGGAGAGGUUUACCUGGAGUUGCAUAAACACAAGGUACAGUACAUAGCAACCCCAAUCGCUGCGGGCGACGUUUGCGAUGCGACCGGCGAAGGUCACGGUCGUUCUACUCGUGCGCAAGACUUCUUCAAAGACUCGCCCCCCAAGCUUAUCCAAUAUCGCAUCAUCUUGCUGGAGAUCGGUAAACCGCUCACAGAAUACCAGACUUCUCGCGAGUUGGUACGCGCCACAUACUGCUGUUUGACGGCUCAUCAAGAAGCCUGGGAAAAGGCCCAUGUCCUGCACCGCGACAUAAGCAGCGGUAAUUUGCUGCUACGCUGUGUUAUUAGCGACGGCAGGAUUGUGGGAUGGAUCGGUAUUUUGGUGGACUGGGGUUUGUGCAAGUACAAGGAUGAGUUAGGAAUGCGGAGUGUGCUGAAGACCCGUUCAGGCACAUGGCAGUUCAUCUCCGCAGUCUUGCUGGCAUUCCCGGGACACUUUGCGCACGCAGUGUGGCACGAUCUCGAGUCAUUCAUCCAUGUCCUUCAUUGGAUGUGUCUGCGAUUCCACGUCACGAAUUAUUCGAAGAACACGAAGCAGUUGCACGAGCACGUCAGCUCAGUCUAUGACGCGUCAUUUCCGUCACCCGAUGGUACUUCUGUUGGCGGCGAAGAGAAGCUGACGACGAUGCAAGCAGGAACGGUACCGUUCAAACUCGUCGGAGGAUCUGCUGGCCGGUCCACGCCUGGUCUGCACAGGCUCUUGGCUGAUCUCGCGGUGCUCUACGGGUCACACUACAAGUGGCUGGAGCCUCAGCUGCCGACAUCACACCCGGACGUCGCACUCUCCGUGGCGCCCUCCGUCGACCCGGAGGAACUCGACCCAGAGUUCGAUCUCGUUCCAAUCCCAGCUGAGGAGCGGACCGGGCAACGGCCACAACCGGCGGCUGAAGAAAUCCCGAAGGACUCCGUUCUCAAGGAUCAUAUCCAGAUGAAGAAGACGUUCGCGGCAGCGUUGAGUGCCGAUGAAGGCAAGUGGACUCCAGAUGCAAAGAUCGGGGACAACUUCGCCCACUUCAAGACGCCCAUGUAUCAACAGAGCAUGGUGUCAAGGGAGUCUGUCAAGAGGUCCGCGGACAAUUCUGUGGAUGACAGACCCGACAAGCGUAUAAGGAGUGACACCAGCAGCGUGUCUGUGUCGACCACUCCGUUGUUGGGCUCGAUAGUUGAGAAUGUCGAUGGCUGAGGUUGAACGGGGCCGCUUUUCGCGUCGAGGAUUGGGUUGUCAGCUCGGAUAUCCGACGUCCGUAUGUACUCAUAAGUAUCGUGUCAGUUGGUUUUGUCUGUCUGUGUAUACGUAGGAUUGUCAUUCUUGCCGAAACGACUGUCCGAAAUUAGUAGACCAUGUACCGUAUACGUUCGGCAGCAUGGACGUUCGUAAUGUCAAAUACAUG